CUGUUCUACACACCACACACCUCAUACAGAUUAGAAUAAGAGAGUGUGUGUGUGCAUGUGAGGAGGCGGCCUGUGACAUUGUAUGUUUGGUUUGGUUUAACAGGAUUCAUUUAACCAGAGCCUUAUUGGCUUUUGGGCCCAUCAGUGCGCAUAGUUUCCCCCCUGUUACGCACAGAAAGAUGAGAUUUAGAUGUUAUAGAUUCAUAUCACUAAUCCAGAGCUCAGGCGGUGAUGGGUAUUAUGAACUUGAGCGUCAAUGCGUGAGGGUUUAGUGAAGAGAGGCAGUGGACUCUUGGCUGAAAAGAAGGGGUGUUCACUCGCCUUUUGAAUGCAAAGUAGUGGAUGAACAAGUGAGCUGUGUGUGUGUGUGUGUGUGUGUCAAGAAGAGAAGGAGGGCCAACGGUGAGUUUUGAGAAAAGGGAAACUUGUUGAGAGAAACUGUCACACAUGCCUCUUUGGCACUUGAGUCCUGUUUUUCUUUUCUCUGCACCACAAUGCCACCAACAUGGACCAUGCUUUACUGAGACCAAUCUACCCGGAGCAUCCAGUGUGCAGGGAGACAGAAUAAAUCUUGUGUGUUGGCCAAUGCGCCCCUGCGUCGGUCCCAUCCUGCAGAAGCAUGUCCCGUCGGAAACAGAAACGACCCCAGCAGCUUAUGAGCCUGACCCUCGGUGCCUGUCGGAUACAUGAGCAUGAUGACAACUUGGCAGUGAAGUCACAGUCCUUUCCAUUUAGCCCGGAUUCUCCCUUGUGUUCUCCAUCUUCUCCUCAAAGUUCCCAGCUGCUCCUUACUCUACGUUCAUCUUUCAAGGGGUCCCAGACCCCCUCUCUGCCCAGUGAGAGUCCACCGUCAUCUUCUUCACCAAGCCAGCCCUCCCACCAACCCUCCAAAGACCCAAAGCCCUCCCUCUCAACUGACCUCCCUAACUCUUCUCUCUCUUCCCAAACUCAACAUUCACCUGCACUUGAACUAUCUGGUUGCAGUCCAACAUCCUCUGCAAGUUCUCUCACCCACUCUUCCCGAAGUGCACACAUGGCCUCUCCCAAGCUGGGACUGUCAGCCACCACCACAAACUCUUCCUCUUCCUCAUCAUCCUCUGCCUCCCUAUGUCCUCCACCACACCCUGGAAGCCCCAGUCGCGUGCCCGACGGCCCCCCAAGUCCUGUUACUCCCACCCCCAGCCCAGGAGUGACAUCUGCCUCAGCUGCACCAUCUAGGGCCCAGUUAAGCAUUGCCCUGAUCCUGGAGGAGCUGCGGGUGCUGCAGCAAAGGCAGAUCCAUCAGAUGCAGAUUACAGAAGAAAUCUGUAGACAGGUACUACGCCUCGGUGGAGCCUCCUAUACCAUAGACACACCCUCACAGCAUCUUCUCCCUCCCUUGCCUCAGCUCUGCUUAGAAGGCAGCAAAAGAGCAGCCAGCCCAACUACCCUGCCAACUCCAGCUCAGCCUUCCACUUCUGUUGCUCCUCUUCUGGCAUGUUUCUCCUCCCUACUUCCCUCUCAGGCUGCCAACAAACCCACAAGGGCAAGCAGUUCCUCAUCUCAAAUCCUGCAGCCCCACAAGCCCCAAAUGGAAGGAACAGGAGUUACUUCAGGGGCUCAUAGUUAUCUGGGGAUAGGCUCUCAUUCCUCUGCACCCUCAACCACUUCCUCUGCUGCCAUCUCCAUGGCUUCCUCUGCUUAUCCACUAGCCCUGUCUUUAGCUCUGCCCAACCGCUACCUUCAUGAGAAAUCUACAAAUACCACCUCAAUGAGUGGGCACAGUGGCCUCUCCCUCCUAAACUCAUCCCUUCCCACAUCAGUUUCUAUUGUCCCAAACUCCCAAAAUGCUCUGCAGUCUAUCUCUGGAGGAGGAGACUCAUCCCCUUUAUCCAGCUCCAACAUCCCUGGUCGCCUUCAACAUGGUUGCCGCUUUUGUGGAAAAAUGUUCAGCAGUGACUCUGCCCUGCAAAUACAUCUACGCUCACACACAGGGGAACGGCCCUACCAGUGUCCAGUGUGCCUCAGUCGCUUCACUACAAGAGGCAACCUUAAGGUACAUUUCCUACGCCAUCGAGAGCAGAACCCUGAGCUCUCACUUUCACUCCUGCCUCCUUCUUUGUUUGGGGUUGCAUUAGGGGCCACUGGCGGAUCAGACAUGGGGCAGACCAUGAGCAGUGGUAGCAGUAGUUGUGGCAUGAAUAUGAUUCAGAACAAGCGAAAAAGGCCUGAGGAUGAAAUAUGUGGAGAUAAUUUGGAGGUCAGUGGCACCAGUAGUAGCUUUUCUCUGGGGGCCUCUGGAGGGUCUGCUCCUUCCACCCUACCCCUGCCCCCUACAGUGGAUCUGGCAUUGAUUUCCCACUCUCUACUUCAGCUGAAUAGGGCUGCAGCUGUAGCCGCAGCAGCCUCUAUCGCCUCUGGCUCAUCCCACUCACCGUCAUCCUCUUCAGCUUCCAUUUCCUCUCUGGCUACCUCCCUCCUCUCGAACUCUGCUUUGUCCUCGUCUUCCACCAUCACAGGAUUACUCAAGGGUGCCAAGCAGCAGCACUUUGAUGAAAACACUCCCCCUCAUGGCCCAAUACUUUCUCCUGCAGCAUACUCUCAGCUAGCCCAACUGCCGAAGCUCCUCUUUCCAUCUGUCUCCACUUCUUCCUCUACCCCUGCUGCACACUCAUCCCUCUACAACCAUCCAGCCCUGAGCUUGUUGCGCACACCACUACCCUCUACUCCACGCUCUCUCCAACUUCCUUCUUCCAGCCAUUCUCAGCUUUCUUUCCCAUUUUCUUCCUUUCCCAAAGUCCCAGGUGCACCAACCACCACUCCAUCCUCCCUGUCUUCCUCCAUGGCUUCCUCUACUCCUACAUCAGAAACCUCCAAGUUGCAGAGGCUGGUGGAGAAACUAGAGAAGGCUUCUCCCCAUUCCUCUUCUCCAUGGACAUCUUCCUCUACUGCCACCUCCAUGCUGGAGAUGCUAUCUAGCAGUACCACUACUGCUUCAGCAAGUUCAGCCAACAAUCGUUUCACAAAUGCCAGCACUUCCACCACAUAUGUCAUGGCGUCCCCACCAUCUUCUAAUCUUGUCACCACUUCUGUUUCAAAUCUCACCCAUGAGAUGAUUGCUGCCCUAGGCAUGAGUAACAAUGGAGCCAGUGCCAUGGUGGGUGGCAUGUUACCAUCACUGAACAUUACAGGUCCAGCUGCUAACCUGACAACCAAUCAGUGUGGGGUUUGUUUACGGGUACUGAGCUGUCCUAGAGCACUGCGUCUGCAUCAGGCUACACACCUUGGAGAACGCCCUUUUCCAUGUAAAAUAUGUGGACGAUCCUUCUCUACUAAAGGCAGCCUGCGGUCGCAUCUGGCCACCCACCAUGCUCGACCAGCAAAUGCACGGGUCCAGAACUCUUGCCCUCUGUGUCAACGGAAGUUCACUAAUGCCCUAGUGCUUCAGCACCACAUCCGUAUGCAUCUUGGUGGACAGUUGCCCCCAGAUGGCACAGACGAUUCUGCACAUGAAAUUCCACCUGAAUCUAAUGCCAAAAAUUUGUCCCAAUCCCAGUCCACUGAUCCAAAUACUGCCUCUAGUAAAACACCCCCUCUAGCUGGCCUCUCUAAAAGCCCAGCCCCAAGUCCACAAUUUCCAGCAGUUGGCUCAGUCCCUGUCUCUGGUAAUAUGAAAGCAGGUGAUUUCAUCCAGCAGAAUCCUAGCAAAUCUGCACCCUGUAGCCCAGACCUCAUCCCCCCUUCCAACCUUAGCCCUGACCCUUUCAUGAAUCCAACAAUGCAAGCACCAUCACCAGGCAGUGUAGAACCCCCUGUCCUUUCUGUCAGUACCCCUUUGCCAUCCUCCCAACAGACAGGUCAAGAUUCCCCAGUUAGCCAAGAUAGCCAAGUUGAACAAGUUACUGCUGAUGUUCAUCCUCCUAAAUCCACCCCUCCACCAAUUACCUCCAAUGUUACAAAAACUACAGUAACCCUUAAAAGUAUUGAUGAGGACUGUGGAGAUAAUGUAGAAUCUACCUCCUCUGAUGCCUUUCUUGGCUCCAGCUCAAACUUGGACAACUUACAAAGCACACCUGCCCAUGGUGCCCCCUCUGCUUGUACCUCCUCUAACCCCACCCUGAGUCAAGAUGUUCUGAAUGUUAAUGUAACAAAAGCCUUGGAAUCAGUCUCAGUCUCCCCAAGGCCCCAGUCACCAGAAUCCAUGGAAGAAGACAAAGAUCAAUCUCCUUCACUAGUAACACCAAAACAAGACCCAUCAACUGUGCCUGACGAGGACCUCAAAAAGACUUCCAAUUUGGAGUCUGCAGACACUAUUGAUGCUGAAUUAACAGGGGCAACACAGAGAGCUGGCACUUUUGUGAGGGAGACACGUCAGAGCUUUCAUUUUGGUUCAUAUCGGAGGGAGGACAGAGUGGAAGGUGUUAAGAUUAGUGGAUUAGCUCCAAGUGAAGCUCUGGAUGAUUCUGUCCCCAUCAACCUGGCUCCAACCCUGCCAUCUCCAAUGUCUCGUCCUGAGAAGAAGACAUAUUGCUGUGCUGAGUGUGGGAAAGAGUACGCCAGUCGCAGCGGACUGAAGGGGCACAUGAAGCACCAUGGUGUAGUAACCAAAUCACCACGUCCUCCAGCCCGGACUAGUCGUUCCUCCGCUGAACAACUACCUUCUUCCACAUCUAUGACUUCCUUGAACAUUCCUGCCACCAGAAGCUCAGCAGGCUUCUGGAAUCAGUACCAAGCCUUCCUUAACACCAGUAAUGAGCCAAAUGAUGACCCGACUGGACUCCAAGAAGAGAAUGAGUCAACAAAAUCCCCUGCUCAAUCUCAAAUGGAUCCGAUUGUCUCCGAAGAAGGCGGGGAAGAGUCUAGUGAGGGGUUAUAAUUCAAGUCAAUCUGAUUGACUGUCUGAUGUUUUGGUGUUUUCAAUCAAUGUUUAUGUUUUGUGAAACUGUAUGGACUUUUGCGUAGUACUGCUUCCUUAACACAUUUCAAGUAGCCAGUCUGUUUGAUAGUCAGAGUAAAUAUGUUUCUAUGUGAAAGUUGUGAGUCAAUCAACUUGGUCUUGUGUUUAAAAAAAAGAGAGCGCUAUUGUACAAAUAAAGAUAAAAAAAUAUUCAAGAAGGAAGAAUUUGAGUCCAGUUAUUGCUGGAAUUGUUAAAAUAAGUGAUAUUACCUUUGUCUCCCUUGUCUGGCUCAGUGGUUCUCAAACUGGAGGGCUCAGGGGGGCUCUGCAGGGGGGCAUAACACCAUGGGAAAAUACUAAGGUAUGAAACUCUGUGGGGAAAAAAACAUUCAUCAGUUUGCCGAUGCCUUCAUGUUGACCUUUAUUUCACUAAAAACUUUUAUCAUUACUUUCUUCCCUACAAUUCUUAAUGACUUGGGUGGGGAGGUAUGAACUUGUUUUGGCUGCUUAGGGAGGGUAAACAAGAAAAUGUUUUGAGAACCACUACGCUGGCUAAGGUUCUUAAUAGUUUGAAGCACAUUCUAACAUGAAAAAAAUCUAUGUUUGGACAUGAAGAAAGAGUAUCCCUGUUGUAUCAGUGUUUCAUACCAGACCUGGGUCAAGUAAUUCACAAUUAAUGUUUGAAAUUACCACUAGGCCCAAAUGGUUCACCAUAUUUAAAUAAUUCUGAUGCUUAUUAGUGAGUCAUCAGAAAGUAAACUAAUAGAAUAGGUUUUUUUUUUAUAAUUUGAUGUCAAUAUAUAAACCUUUUGGUACUCAUCAUCAUGUACCAAAUCUGAUCCAAUUGGCACCAAAGGAGGCUUAAGUGAACCAAAUUUCUUGAUAAAUGCUACAACCUGGGUCUGUUUCAUGUCUAUAGUCAGUCCUUGAGUUAUAGAGAAAACUGAUAUAAAUGGAAAUUAGAAAUUUAGAUCGGUAAAACAAAAUUUUGCUUUGCAAGAGAAAACAAGGCCAACAAUAUGAAGAUUUUUUUCUGUGGGGAAUAUUAAGUCUUUUGUCCCCAUCCUGCGAUUCAGAUAAACUCCUCCCUCGUGUCAUUGUGGUUUACUUUUCACUUUAUUGUCCUGUCAAACCAGAAGCACAGCUGCAGUGUUUGUGAACCCAGUGAGGACAUGGUCCUUUGUGUGACCUUUGACCUUCAGCUUCGUGAAUAUUUUGAUUGUUGUUUGGUCCUAAUGUAUUAUCUGUAACACGUUUUCAGAUACUAAAGUUACUAAAACUUUAAGUUACUAUAUACAGUAUAUCAGAAGUCUGUGUCUGUCUGUUCUAAACUGUACAUUCAGUAUCUCCAUAUUAAAAAGCCAUUUGAAAAAAAUAA